GACGAGCAAAUGAUUUCCCUUUUCUCGCCGGCGCAUCGUUCUUAAGCCCAAUCUCGCAGAUCAAAUCUCUCUCUGUUCAUCCUCAUCACCGCCAUCGCCAAAGCUUUGGAUUGAGAUCCCUCCCACCUGACGAACAGUGCUUGACGAUAUUCUGGCCUGGAAUCCAUGGUGAUGCCUGAGAGGCCUUCCUAAUAGUAGUCGAUCCGAUCAGAUGGACAAAAAUAAGAACCGAACGGAUCUCUUAGCCGCCGGGCGGAAAAAGCUUCAACAAUACAGGCAGAAGAACAAAGGCAGCAAAUCCUCAGGCAAACCCAACAGAUCUGGGAGUGAAGCAUCCACAGAUCCUGCUAAUGUUCUAGCUGAUACACAGAACAUUCCUGGUGCACAAAGACCUUUAGACUGCAUCAGUCAUGAUGCAUCUUUGCCAGAGUUACAUACUAUAGAGGACCCUGUGGACUCUACUACUAUUCUUCCACCGGUAGAGGAGUCAGAGAAAUCUGAAACAAACGAAUCAUCCGCAGAAACCAAUGAACUGGAAACGCAGACAGAUCCUAGUGUGCAUGCUGGGGAUUCUUGUGUAGUUGAAGUUUCUCAAACAUUAGUUGAUGAUGUAAGAUAUGCUAAUACGGAGCCAGCCCCUCUUGAAUCUGAAGCAAAACCUACCAAUUCAGUACGGAACGAGCCUGAUGACUUGCUUUCUUACCCCGAUUCAGGCAAUAAUACCAAAGUACUUGCUCACGGGGUUGAUGUGGAAAGGCUGACUGACAUAGAUCAGGAGCCUUACAAUCCAGAUCCAGAGCAAGUUGGUGCAAAGAGUGAUGUAGAAGUUGAACUAGAGUGUAAGCAUUCUUUAAACAAGUUUGGUGGCCAUGUCAGUGAUCGGGCAACACCUGAUGUAGGGGAGAAUGGACUUACAAUGGAACAGAAUGAAACAACCUAUCCCACAGAGAUAAAUGAUUUCAAUUUAAUUUCAAUAGAAUCUAAAGAUGCAGAAGAGAGUGAUAGACAUUCAAUUCCACUUGAGUCGUCGCAUGAGGCAGUAUCUGCUGUAAGUUCUCAAGUGGUUUGUGGCCAGAAUGAAGGUGUUUCAACUGGUUUGCCAAGUGGGGAGAAUAUACAGAUCCAUUGUGUUUCAGCUGAUUAUGAUGGUGGCCACAUGGAUAGGGUUAAUCCACAUGCUUCUGUUAAUAAAGAAAAAUUGGUUGGGUUUUCAUCUUCCCAAAAUGCUUGUUUAAUCAACCUGUCACAGCUUGCAGAUGUUGUAAGAAGCCUCGAUGAAGACGAGUUCAAGUUCUUGUUCAUGUCUAGAGAUUCAGCUGUGUCUGGAUGCACGUCCAGCCAUUUUGAUGCUUAUGAGAGUGUGAAGGAGAAACUAUACCUUGCCAAUCUUGCAAAAGAUUUCACAUCUUUACAGCUUGUUGAAGAAUCAGAGUUACAAAUAUCAGAUGUCAAUGCAUCGGUGAAUGAACUUGAAGACAAGAAUGAAAUGCUCGCGAAUGAGCUUGAACAAGUUAGGUCUAAAUUUCAGGUUGUUAUUGCUGAAAAGGAGGAACUUCAUAAACUCCUGCAAUUGUCAAAAGAUGAGGUUGUGGAUCUUUCUGCAAGAAUUGAUGAGUUACAAAUUAGAUUAAGCAUGCCACAUGAGGACCUUUUCCACCUCUCUGAGGAAUUGGCUAGCUGCAGAAAUUUGGUCUCAUCUUUAGAGGUUGAAAACAAAAAAUUAAGUUCUAAUCUUGAUUUUCUAUCCAAGGAGAAUACGAAGCUUCAGAACGAGAAGGAAGACUUCGUGAUUGAAAAUGAGAAAUUAGGAAUGGAGUUGGCACAGUGCAGAAAUUCAUUUAUUUCAAUGCAGUUAGAAAUUCAAGAUUCUAAUGAGAAUCUCACUUUAUUGAAUGAGGAGAGAAGGAAGCUUGAAAUGGAAAAGCAAUAUUUUGUCUGUGAGAAUGAUAAACUGAUUGCUGAAGUAGCCGAUUGCCAAAAAACUAUAAAAGCCCUUGAGGCAGAAAAAACAAGCUCAAAUGAGCUUUUGGCAUUGGUAACUGAAGAAUCAAAAAAGCUUUUAGAGGAAAAACAAUCUUUGCUCAAUGAUAAUGUGAAUCUCGUAGCAGAGUUGAGGGAAAGCAAGGUUUCAUUGGAAGCUCUUCAGAUGGAAGUUUUUGAAAAAAGUACACGUCUCACCUCUUUAAUAGAGGAAACAGUUAAGCUUGAGAAUGAGAAGCAACAUAUACUCAUUAACGAUGAAGAACUAUUGAGGGAACUGACUGAAUCAAAAACCUUGGUUGCUUAUCUGCAAGCUCACUGUAGUGCAGCUGUAGAUGACCUGAAGAGUGCAAGUUUGCAACUUGGACAACGAUCUGAAGAAAAUCUGCACAUGAGCAGUAGUUUGCUAUUACAGAAGUCCAAUAUCAAAGAUUUUGAAACCCAAAACAAGUCACCCUCUCAAUCUAAUGGAAGUCAAUUUUCUGGUGACCAAUAUGCAGUCCAGGCAGAAAAUGUUUUUCUUCACUUUGAAUUUAUCCAAAGAUAUCUUGAUGGUGCUGAAAGGGAACUUGAGAAACUUGAUAAGACUGUUGAGGUGAUUCACUCACAUUCUGCAUCCUUGCGCAAUUCUUGUGGUGAAGUGGUCACACCCAGAAUAUCUAAACUCAUUCAGGCUUUUGAGUCAAAAGUUCAUGCAGAUGACUGUGUGUCCGAGGAUCAACAUCAGUCAGGAAAUCAAGUAGUUGAAGACCUUAGUGUGCUUACUAAGCAGCAAAUACAAAAUCUAAGAGCAUUGCUUAAGGAUGUACUUCUGGAAUCCCAAAAUGCUUUCAAAUUAUUUGAAGGUGAAAUGAAGAAUAAACUUCAUACAAACACUGUGUUUGCAGAGCUGAAUGCUAGAUAUGAGUCUCUAAUUGAGCAUACAGAUCAUUUGGAACAUACAAACGUAGUGCUCAUGGUUCUUAAUGAAACUUUUGGUCAGUAUGCUAACAAUGCCAUAUCAAAGGAAGGAGACUUUAUGGUGCUUUAUGACUCCCUGCAGAAAGAUCAAGUAACAUUGAAGGCAGAGAACAGUCAUCUCAGAGAAGAGUUGAGUAACUUUCAAACCAAAACUAGUGAAUUGCAGUAUCAAGUGGAAGCGCUUAAGAAGGAAGUGGCUGACAAGGAUUCAAUACUGAAAGAGGAAUGGAAUUCUCUUGUUACUGAGGUUGUGGAGAUACUAAGUAAGCUAGAGCUGUCUACUGUACCUGCUAGCUCCUCUUUGUUAACUGUAAGAGAAACAGGAUUGGACCGUCCCUCCCUGAUAAGCCAUAUUUCUUUUUCAGUCAACAAUGCCAUUAAAAUGAUUGAAGCUCUACAGUCACAAAAUGAAGCUGCUCGCUCUUCUCAAGAAGCAGCUGUCAGUAGCUUCAUUGAAAUGCACAAAAGGUUUGAUGUCCUACAAACAGAGAAUGAAAUGAUAAUUGGUCAAAUUAAUAGGGUCUACAAGAAUCUUAUUGAAAUUGUCAAUGAGAGGCCUGAUCAAGUAGGUGAAGCUGAAAUUAACAUAAAAAAUGAGAGACCGAUAGAUCCUUUGCUUCCUGGUGUUUUUGAUGCUGUUUUGGAGCAGUUGCAGAAGCUAAAUAGUGAACGCCUGCGACUUGAGGCUACAAGUUCUGAACUAAUUUCAGAAAUGGACAAACAAAAGGAGUCAGAGGAACUGAAAAAAUGUUUCUUUGAUUCAGAUUCUAUGUUGAAGUGUGUUGACCUUGUUGAAAGAGUGGUUGCACUGGAUGGGGUUGAUAUCAGUGUGGACCAACCUGAUAUGUUUGUACAGUCUCUCACUCUUUUCUUGGUUGAAAAAUACAAAGAUGCUGAUGAGCAGGUAAAGCUGCUCACUGAGAGAGAUGCCUACAAGGAAAAGCAAAUGAUUAAUUUGCAAAAAGAGAUGGAUCAGCUCAGUUUAUUAUACACCCAAUUUGAAAAUGAAAAUUUCAUCCUCAAAGAAAGCUUGAAGAAACUCAAGGAGGAUGCCGUGGCUCUCAACUCACAACUAAAUAAUAAGGUUUUUGAAACUGAGCAGUCUGAUCAGCGCGUGGCAUCACUGAGAGAGAAGCUUAGCAUAGCAGUUGCAAGGGGGAAAAGUUUGAUUGUACAGCGUGAUGGUCUCAAACAAUCUCUUGCAGAGACGUCUAGUGAACUAGAGAAAUUCUUACAGGAAUUGCAUUUGAAAGAUUCCAGGAUUCUCGAACUCGAGAUAAAGCUCAAGACCUAUUCAGAGGCUGCUGAACGGAUGGAAGCUCUUGAAUCUGAACUCUCUUACAUUCGAAACUCUGCUACUGCAUUACGUGAAUCAUUCCUUCUUAAAGACUCGGUUCUCCAGAGAAUAGAGGAGAUCUUUGAAGAUUUAGAGCUGCCAGAACACUUCCAUUCCCAAGGCAUUCUUGAAAAAAUUGACUGGUUGGCCAAGUCAGUUUCUGGGAACUCUCUUCUCUCAACUGAAUGGGAUCAUAAAAGAAUCGUUGGAGGAUCUUACCCUGAAGCAGGAACUGGUGUCGGGGAUGGCUGGAAAGAGGAUACUCAAUCAAGUUUGAGCUCUUCUGAAGACCUCAGAGUAAAAUAUGAAGAUCUGCAGAACAAGUUUUAUAGGUUGGCUGAACAAAACGAGAUGCUUGAACAGUCUUUGAUGGAAAGGAACAAUCUUGUUCACCAUUGGGAAGCUGUCCUUGAUACAAUAGAAAUGCCCUCACAGCUGAGGUCUGUGGAGCCAAAUGAUAAGAUUGGUUGGGUUGCUUUUGCGCUCUCAGAGGCUCAGAACUAUUGCAAUUCUCUUCAGCAGACGAUUGAUAACUUUGAGGUUUUGUUAGAAGGCUCAAAUAGAAGAUUAUUUGAUAUUGAGGCUUCAUUUGAGUCUGCCGUCAAUGAGAAAGAUGUCCUCUUAAAAAAGCUAGAGACUGUUACCUGUGACAAUGAAACAUUAUCAGAUAUGGCUGCCCAAUUCGAAACUGAGAACCAUAAUAUGCAACAUACAAUCAGCUCUUUGCAAGAGAAGUUGGCUGAAAUGCUUGGGAGGGAGGAACACAUUCAUCAUAUUUCGGGGGAGAUAAAAAGAUUGCAAGCUCUUGUUAGAGAUGCUCUUCAUGACAAUGUCAUUGAUGAUCAUCUACCCAGUGUUGAUGGUAUUGAAUAUUUGGAGCAAUUACUGAGGAUGCUUAUAGAUAAAUGUACGCCGAUCUCUUUUAGCAAAGCUGCUAAUGAAGAUGCAGCAGUCGAACGUGUUUUGCAGGUUGAUCGGACUGAAAGCGAACAAAGAGAAAGUGAAUCCAGGUAUGCUGAGGAUAGAGAUGUAGGUGCUCCGAACAUAAAGAUGGGGGAUGCUUUUGGUCACAUAGUGUGUUUGAAGGAGGAGAGAGCUAGUUUUUUGGAACAGCAUCAAUCAUUGGUUUCUGAAGUUGAAGCCUUGAAUACAAAAAAGAAAGAAUUGUUGGAACUUCUUAGUCAGGAGGAGCUGAAGAAUCAAUCUUUGGUUUCUAAAGUUGAUGCUCUAACUACAAAUAAUAAAGAAUUGCAUGAAUUGCUUAGUCGGGAGGAGCUGAAGAAUCAAUCUUUGGUUUCUGAAGUUGAAGCGUUAAAUAUGAAUAUCAAAGAAUUGCAGGAGCUACUUAGACAGGAGGGGCCAAAGAAUCAAUUUUUGAUUUCAGAAGUGGAUGAUCUAAAUGUGAAAAAUAAAGAAUUGCUGGAACUCCUUAGUCAGCAGGAGCUAAAGAAUAAAUCUCUGGCUUCUGAAAUUGAUGCUCUGACUACUAAUACGAAGGGAGUGUAUGAACUGCUCAGUCAAGAGGAGCUGAAGAAUCAGUCAUUGGUUUCUGAAAUUGAAUCUUUGAAUAUGAAUAUGAAAGAAUUGCAGGAACUACUCGCACAGGAAGAGCCAAAGAAUCAAUUGUUUAUUUCAGAAGUGGAAGAUCUGAAUGUGAGAAAGAAAGAAUUGCAGGAACUGCUUAGUCAGGAGGAGCUGAAGAAUCAAUCUCUGCUUUCUAAAGUUGAAGCUCUGAAUAUGAAAAUUAAUGAAUUACAAGAACUGCUUAGUCAUCAAGAGGCGAGGAACCAAUCUUUGGCUUCUGAACUUGAAUCUCUAAAUAGGAGUAAGAACGAUUUGCAGGAACAUCUUAGUCGGGAGGAGCUAAAGUCAGCUUCUUUAAGGGAGAAACUUAAUGUUGCAGUUAGAAAAGGCAAGUCUUUGGUGCAACAGAGGGACAGCUUAAAGCAAUCAGUUGAGGAGUUAAAUAUUGAUGUGGAAAAUUUGAAAUCUAAGUUAAAACUUCAGGGAAAUGUUAUUUCAGACUGUGAAGAAAGGAUCAAAGAUCAGUCUGCAUUACAAGAAAAAUUAAAUAGCAUAGAAGCUGAUAAUGUGCUUUUGAGAAAUCGUUUGGGAGAAGCUGAAUAUUCUUUGCAGCAGAAGGAGCAUAUGUUGGACAUUAUAUUGAAUGUUUUCAAUGAAAUCAACCAUGAUUUCCUGUCUACUAUCAGUAGCCCUGUUGAGAAGGCUAAACAUGUUAGCAAUCUCUGCUUAGAUUUACAAUCUGCUGUGGCUGCUUCAGAGCAAGAAGCUAUAAAAUCCAAAAGAGCAGCUGAGUUGCUGCUUGCAGAAUUAAAUGAAGUCCAGGAAAGAAAUGAUGGACUCCAGGAGGAGCUAUCAUAUGCUCUUAGUGAGGUAUCAAGGUUAUCCAAGGAAAAAGAUUUUGUUGACACUGCUAAAAAUGAAGCUAUUGCCAAUCUUGACAGGCUAUCUGCUACCCACCAACAAUUGUCAGCUGAGUUUCUGGUACUAAAAACUAGCGUGCGGGAAAUUAAGGAUGCUCUCUAUUUUCUUAGAAAUUCAUUCCGAGAUGUGCUUUUGAAAGAUUUGGAGAUUUUGCGCAAACUUGCAGCCAACCUAAAGGCGGGCUUAGGAUCAAAAGAUGCCCUGACUGCCGUUCCCCUUAUGGGGAGUGCUGCUCCCCGCGGCACUUUCUCUAUUUCAUCCGAAAACAAGGCUUUUGUCGAAGAACUGAGGUCUAUUAGCGAAAUGUUAGAUGAGCACUCCCAACUGGUGCAUGAUGAAGCUAGACACAUAACUGAAUUUUUUGGCAGUAUUCAUGAAGAAAUAACCUUACAAAAACAAUCUUCUGAAUCAUUGAAGAAAGACGUGGAAGGUCUAAAAACUAUUGUGAAGGAGAAAGAUUCUGAAUUGAUUCAGAUGCGUAGAUGCAGUUCGUUGCUUUAUGAGGCAUGCACUAGUGCAACAUUCAAAAUUGAAAACAGGAGAGAACAGUUACUUGAAAAUAAUAUAGCCAAUUAUGCUCCUGGAAAUACUUUGGUAUCCUGGAAACCUGUUGGCGGAGGUUUGACCGAAAACACUGACCUUUCAACUGAAGAUAGCAUUAGGUCUGUGAGUGAGAGAUUGCGUAUAGAUGUGGAGGACAUAAUGAAUGUUCAAGUGGAACUUGUUGAAUUUAACCAAAAGGACAUUAAGGCUGCUAUGUCAAAUCUACAGAAAGAACUUCAAGAGAAAGAUAUUCAACGAGAGAAAAUUUGUAGGGAACUAGUUAGUCAGAUGAAGGAUGCUGAAGCCAUUGCUAGUAAUUACUUGCAAGAACUUCAGUUGGCAAAGGUUCAGGUAAAUGAUUUACAGAGAGAUGUGAAGUUAAUGGAAGAGGAGAAAACUAAAUUGGAAGAUAAAACAAAAGAAUUGGAAUAUCAGGGUUCGGCCCUUGCUGAUGCAAAGUGCAGAAUUAGGUUACUUGAAGAUAUGGUAGCUUCAAAGGAACAAGAAAAUGAGGCACUGAUGCAAGCACUUGAUGAAGAAGAAGGUCAAAUGGAGGAUAUGUCAGCCAAGAUUGGAGAACUGGAAGGAGUUCUGGUGCAAAAAAAUAAAGAUGUAGAGAUCCUUGAAGUUUCACGUGGUAAGGCUCUGAAAAAGCUUUCUGUGACACUAAGUAAGUUUGAUGAACUCCACCAUCUAUCUGAAAACCUGCUCUCCGAGGUUGAGUCACUACAGUCACAAGUACAUGAGCGGGAUGAGGAAAUAUCAUUUUUGCGGCAGGAGGUUACUCGAUGCACAAAUGAUGCACUAGCUUUAAGUCAGACAAGCAACAAACAAAAUUGUGAUGAAGUUUAUGAUUUGGUUACAUGGUUAGACAAGACAAUAUCUGGUCUACAAGCGAAUGAUUCAAUUCUUGAUAAGGAGAAGGUUCACCAUUUCCACGAAUAUCAAGAAAGUCUACAGAAGCAACUCAUGUCUAUUGUGUCGGAAGUGGAGGGCUUACGCGCCGCAACACAAAGUAAAGAUCUGCUUUUGCAAAUGGAGAAAGCUAAAGUAGAUGAACUGUUGCAAAAUAAAGAUAUUCUCGAAAAGUCCUUACACGAGAAGGAUUCUCAAUUGGCCAUACUAAGAGAUGUUGGAGAGCCGGGACAUGUACCCAGCACAAGCUCUGAGAUUGUGGAAAUUGAACCACUGAAUAACAAGUGGGACACACCUGGAUCAUUAGUCACUUCUCAAGUUCGCAGUUUGCGGAAAACCAAUAAUGAUCACAUUGCCAUUGCUGUCGAUGAGAAUCCUGUCAGUGUGGAGUUGGAAGAUGAAGAUGAUGAUAAGGCAGGUGCAGUUAUUGACAAAUCAAUAAUCAGAAAUGAAGGGUGAUUAUUAAUUUAUUAAGAUUAGCAUGAUAAGCUACUCUUUUCAUUCCAUAUUAUCUUUAUGUGUUGUUUUCCGGUGCCAAACUUUGGCCUUUUAUGUCUUUCUAUUCCUAUCUUUACCCUGCGUGUUCUUGCCAAACUUGUAGCCUGCCUAGCACUAAAUGCAAAUUUAAAACACCAACUAAUAAGAAGGCAGUCACAAACGUGUAUAUAGAAAUAAUGAUUUAUAAUUCCUGAAUAAAAACAACACUCUUUGGUAACCUUUUACUGAUGUCUUGAUAAUGUUCUGCAGGCUCCUGUCUUGUUUUUAAUAUGGCAGCAGUGGAUCCCAAACACUUUGUUUUUCUGUGUAUCGUCAAAGGUAUUUUGCUGUGAUCAAAUGUGGUGGAGGCUUACCAUUUCAUUGUUUUAAACAUCCUUUCUGAGUCUCAAUGUCCAAAUCACAGGUUCUUUCUUUCUCCCAAUCCAACAAGCAAACCGAUAGCUGUAGGCAUAGAAGGAUAUUUGUUUAUCUGAAAUAUAACAAUAUAAGUAUAUCUAUAUAGCCAUAGUUUUUUAUACACAAUCUGUGAGGAAUGAGGUUAGUGUGAAAUGGAAUAUGUAAUUUUGUUGUUCUAUUAUCACUUCCAUGAGCUCCAUCCUAUUUAAUAGGUAGACUGAAUUUCAUUACAUUUGCUCGUGGAGAUUAUGUAAUUUAGUAGAGGAAUGAAUAAAAAGUACAAAAAUUU